AUAUAAUUUUAGGAAACACCGCAAAAUGGCCGACAAAAACAAAACUUUUAUUGUCUGAAAAUAACUACUUGAACAUUAAGAAUAUCUAGCAACAAUCACGAAAAUGACUACUGUAAAACACAAGCUGAACAUAUUGUCUUUCAUUAUAUUGACACUUCUGUGUAAUUCUUAUUGUCAAUUAAUAGUUAACGUGAAGAAUCGCGGCGGUGAUGUGGAAAGGGAGACAAUUGAAGCUAACACAACUGCUGACACCAUCAGACUCGAAUUCCUCUCCAUGGAUGGCACCCACGUCACUCACUUUAUUGACUUCAAAGCUGAUGUGCAGGUGUUUCGAGUGUUCGUCCCCUGGGAAGAGGAGCGAGGCCUGUCCCUGCCACAGCCACAGGUUCUCUGCUUCGUGACGCGGUUCGGCAAGAACGAGUUCAUUUCCUCAGAUGCAAUGUCGAAGCUCAGACAGAAAAACCCAACAGCAAUUCGCAGCCCAGAAGAGGACCGAGGUGUGGAAAAGCACACACUGGACCUAUUGGUCAGUCUUGACCGGUCAGCUCUGAUCAGUCCUUACCUGUACAACAUCUGCAGUAGCGCUCCUGACAGCACAUAUUCAAAUGAGGCAGAUAUCAAACUUAUAUCUCAAGUGUUGAACAAAGAUCUUAGCAAAAUGAUGUCAGCCGUGAAAAGCACGGAGUCAGAGAAAAUUUCACGCUGUAAGGACACAACAGACAUUAAAAAGCCGUGCACGUGCCAAUAUCACUUGUGUAUCGGCUGGUACCCGUGCGGCCUAAAAUACUGCCGGGGAAAAGACUCUGCCGGGAAGGUCGUCAACUACCGAUGCGGAAUCAAGACUUGUCGACGAUGUUUGCUGUUUGAGCAUUACGCCAGUCAGAAAAUGUUAUGUCUUUGGGAUGACUUAUAGGAUUUUUUUUCUUCUGAUUUUGGCGGUCUGCAGCUUAUUGUAUAAAACCAGGUUAUUUUUGGAUUGGUCAAAGUUAGCCAAAAUGAUUAUGGAUUGGUCAAUUCACUGCCUAAAAAAAUACAUUUGAUUCAGGUGAGUCGACCCUACCUUCGAAAUAUCGGUAGGCACCCACUCAUCCGUUUUUAUAGUCAGUCAUUUUUUAUUUAUUUUUUUAAAUUGUGUGAAUUGAUAUGUUGUUUAAAACCUUUAAACUUUUAUACUGAAGAUUCUCCAAUGAUGACAAUUACGUUUAUAUAAAAGCCUUAUAACAAAAAAAAAAGAAGGAAAAAAAGAGGGGUUCCUACCCUACUUGGUUUUGAAAAGGAUGUUAACCUAACCAAACCUUUUUUUUUUUGGCCUAACCAUUACUUAUCAUAUCAUUGAAAUGACAAAACUAAAUUAAGGAUAACCUGUGGACAAAGUAUCCCAAGGUUUUUACGAUUGGUCGUAGAUUUUUGCAUUUACCAUAACUGUGCCAAUGUCGUAAUGGACAUUAAAACAUGACUACUGAAUUUAGUUUAAACAUAUUUUAUUCAGUUGAUAUAAUUAUACAAAAAUAACAGUACAACAAUAGUAUUUUGAAAUGGAUUGGAAAAUAAGUAAUGUAAUAGCUUAUACUAAUUCCUUUCUAUGUAGGAGGGUACAGUUGCGAAAUGCACAUAAAAUCAGUGUAUGGUGUGCACAGUAUGAUGAAAAAUAUUAUUAUCAAUAAGCCUAAUGAUAUACUUUUACAAGAACUGUUCAAACUAUUUUUACAUUUAAUUUGAAAACAACAACAACAACACAAAGGUAUUCUGUAAAUUUGUAACUCUCUUGUCAGCAGUUUGUGAUCGGUUACAUGACAUAUUGUUGAAUUUGUGACAAAUAACUCCAUGAUACUGGUCAAUUAUCAUGAUGCGUUAUGUUUCCUGUACAAAUAGUUAAUUUAUUAUUUUAUGAUGCGUGUAAUAAUGUACACAAUAUAUAAUAUUGUUGCUGUGAAAUUCAUAUUUAAUGAUGUACAAUGUAUGUAUUAUUUCGUGUUUUCUGAUGCUUUUUAGCGAGCCCAAUAUCAGUGAUCCCAUCAUGUGGUCACAAUGGUGGUUUGGCGCAGGUGCUUGCAUACAUUCAAGAUUGAAGAACAACUGUUCUCAGAACUGUUUCAGGAUUGUGACAGGGAUGGGCCGGACAUCGGACUGAUUGUUCACAACUUUGUUAAAGUUAGCAACAUUGUUAACAUCAGCGUUGUUAAUCUUUGAAAUCUUUACUACAGUACUCUGAAAGUAUCAAGGAUAUACUUAUUCCAAACAAGACCUGAUACAACUGUUUAAGCAGUAAUUGUUUAUAUUUAAAUAUUAGACCACAUCAUGAAAUAGUUCACCUUUAAAAGUUAACAACAAUGCCCGUAAUCACAUUGUUAACUUAAAAAAAGUUCUGAAUGAUCUGGCAAUUGUUAGUGUUUUGCUGACAAAUAUCUUUAAUUAUGAUUAGCAGUAUGAAAGAAGUACCGGGGUACUGUAUUUAUAAAAGCAGUACUACUGGUAGUAUGUAAUGCGCCUUGCAGUGUUAUAGUGUGUUUUUUUUACCUCGGACUAGAGGUUUUCAAUGUUUAAAUAAACUUGUCAUAUUAUAGAGCUAUUGGUGCUGUUAAACUUUGAUGCCUGCCUGGUGACCACCAACAAUUUUUGUGUCAUUUGAAAGGACAUUGCAAGCUGAUGACUAAUAUGUCAAAGCAAUAAAAAAGACCAAAAGUAAAUCUAAAAGUUAUUGCAGUAUAUAUUUUCUUUUUUAUUUCAACAUUAUUAAGACUUUGCCUUCUUUCCCUAUCUUCAAAAGCCAAGAAAUCUGGUUUAGAUAAAUAUAAAUUAAUUGCUAGAUUUUCAUCCAAAUGUAUUUUUUUGAAAUGGGGGAGGGGGUUACAUUUUAUUAGUUAUGUUUCUUAUUUGACUGUUUCAUCAUUGAAUACGUGUUCAUGUUUGUUUAAGUGACCAUUAACAUGGUAACAAUUCCCCUUUUUUGCAUGUGAAUGUUUACAUCACCACCGGCGGGUAUGAAUAAACGCUGUUGUCAGACAGUACCGGACCAAUACGCAAAUACAUUCGGAGCUCCUCGGCCAUUUUAUCGAAAACAACCUCGGAUGUAUAUGGAUGGUUUACACACUCAAAAAGUGGUACGUUUAAGUCCGCUGCAAGUAGAUCGCGUAGUGAUUUUAUUUAGCAGUUAAACUUUGUGACUUAACUCUUGGGAUUCUUCAUUAUGUUUGCUAUAAUACAAUUCAAUGACAAUAAAUUUAAACUUAGAUCAAUAAAUACAACUCUAAAACACUACAUUUAACUAAUGAUAUAAUUCAAAAUUUUACGAACUACUUCAACAGAUGUACCGGCAUACAUCCGAGGUUGUUUUCGAUAAAAUGGCCGAGGAGUUCCGAAUGUACGCAAAUACAGACCCCAGUUGAACAUUUUCAUUUGAGUCAAUAAAAUUUAAGGGCUGGUGGUAAAAAUGAGAGAUGGGGACGAAAAUCUAGCAAUUAAUUUAUAGUCGUCUUAUGAUCAUAGAAUCAGAGUAAUGUUCACACAUUUUUCAUAUGCUCACAAAAUCCUUUUAAAUGAUACAAAAACAAUUUGGGGUCACAAGACAGCCUGAACCAUGCCAGUUAUAAUUAUACGUGUGAUACUUUACCUGUAUUAUACAGAAGACAUAUGGAUUGAUGAUUACGGUUUUAGCCCGAGGGUAAUGAAAGGGUGCUACACCCUGUCCUUUUUUGGAAGCACCCUUCUGCCCUCAUUGAGACCAGAAUGUUCCAACCUAUUGCCUUCGAAGAAUAAAAUGCUGAAGAUAAUCAAAUAUGUCCUUUGUUUUGAUUAAAAAAUUGAUAUGUGAUUAUGGAUUUGAACAAACUUUACAUAUUAAGUUGUUGUAACCUAAUAUUUAAAACAUAAAAAACACAAUUUCUAACAUUUUCUAUGAAAUUCAUAAUGCUUUAAUUAUUUACUGCCCGAUACAACGUGCCCUUUUGUCCCACAGCAUCCUGUCCCUUUUCUACAGCACCCAGUCCCUUUUCUACAGCACCCUGUCCCUUUUCUACAGCACCCUGUCCCUUUUCUACAGCACCCUGUCCCUUUUCUACAGCACCCUGUCCUUUUUCUACAGCACCCUGUCCCUUUUCUACAGCACCCUGUCCUUUUUCUACAGCACCCUGUCCCUUUUCUACAGCACCCUGUCCCUUUUCUACAGCACCCUGUCCUUUUUCUACAGCACCCUGUCCCUUUUCUACAGCACCCUGUCUCUUUUCUGCAACACCGUGUCCCUUUUUGAAAACCUGGCUGCAACCCAAACUGUCAUUAUGUAACUGUUGGAGUUUAUAAAUUGAUGUUUUACUGUAUUGAAAUGCUUGUACUUAUAAAAUAAAAUAAAUAUGUCAUUUCAAACUGUAUAUUGUGGUUAGAAAAUGAAUAAUACAUUAUAUGGUAUUACUUUUCUGUUCUGUUCAUACAUGUUCUCAUUUGUACUUUUGAAAAAUAAACAAGUUCAAAGUC